UCAGUUUGCACUUCAAAUACUUUUUUACGUCAAAAGAGAAAAUUUGGUAGGUAAAAACUUUUUCUAAUGUUCGCAAUACUUGAAACAAAUUGAAAAAAACUUUUCCACUCAAAUGGUAAAUAAAUUCCUUAUUUUCAUUUUUUCCCCAAUAAUUGAAAAGCUACAGAGUCGGGCAAGAAAAAUCCUACACUCCUUCAAUGGCGAUGAGCAAAGCUAAAACCCUACCCGAAGAAAUGAUACUUGACAUACUUUCCCUGCUGCCUGCGAAAUUCAUAGGCCAAUUCAGGUGCGUGUCAAAGCAGUGGCGCAAUCUUCUCUCAGACCCACAAUUCAUCAAAGCUCACCACAUUAUCCAUGCCCACAAAAAAGAAGAAAAACUCAUUUAUAUCUCUGUUUCUCAUGUUCUUCACAUUAUCACUUUUAACCACAACCCCCAAAAUGGAACCGAUGCUAUUUCAAGAAAGCUUAAUUUUCCGGAGCUGCCAGAUAACUGGCUAAGAGUUAUUGGCUCAUGUAAUGGUUUGGUCUUGGUGGUUAAUAGGCAAAAGAUUAAAUAUCUGUUUAACCCCACAACUUUAAAGUACCAUAGAAUUCCAAAGUUUCAUUUGGCUCUUCCUGCAGCAGGUACCUGUACAAUGUCUGGUCUAGGGUAUGAUUUUGGUACUGAUGAUUAUAAGGUUGUCACUCUUUCUCGAUAUAUUGGAUAUGAAUGGACCGUUGAUAGUACUUUUAUUGAUGUCUACUCUGUGAGAAUGGGUCUAUGGAGGAGACUUGAGUGUAUACCUCAUGAUCAUAUAGCUCAUCAUGAUUUAACUCAUGCGGACGGUUCUGGGGUUUUGGUAAAUGGGGCUUUGCAUUGGGUGGCUAGGAAAGCUCCUAUGCUGCAGUAUUCAUCUAUAAUUGUUGCUUUUGAUUUAACUUCUGAGACAUUCUCGGAGGUGCCAUCACCUACUGUUUUUGGUAAAGGUAAUUUGGGGUGUUAUAAUCUUGUGGCUCUUAGAGGGUGUCUUUGUAUGUAUAUUACUCAUGGGGCCAACGAAGUUGAGCUUUGGAUAAUGAGAGAGUACCGAGUUGAGGAGUCUUGGACUGAAUUUAGAUUUAAAGGACCAAAUUCAGUGAAUGGUUUCAUACCAUUGUGCUUAAUGAGUAAUGAUGAUGUUGUACUAUCGGAAGUGAUUGGAGAAAAGUUGAUUAUCUGCAAUAUGAAAGAGGAUCAAUGGAGGGAUAUGAUGGUUGAUGGAAUAACUUCUAUGUUGAAAAGAACUGGAUACUUCAUGGAGAGUCUUGAUACUUUAUUGGUUGACGCAAUACUCUAAGAUGAUGCUGUACGCAGGAAUUAAUCUACUGCAGCAGAAUAGAAGUUAAGAGAGAUGUAUACAAAGCCUUAUCAAAAGAGAGUUGUAUACAAAGGCCUGGAUCUCAAUAUAUUUAAUCCUAAUAGUGGUUUGUAUAAUGUGAUGAAGCAUACAAAGGUAGUAAUUGAGACAUGCAUUUGUGUUUGGUAUAUUUUGAAGUCUGCAAAGGCAGUACUAGCAAUGUCAGGAGAAAGUGUCCCUUUUGAUUAGACCCUUAUACUUGAGAUUUGAUCGUUGAUCGCUCAUAUCUCAGUUGAGUUUUAAUAGAUGAUCUGUGUAACGACGUAUGCUCAUUUAACAGGUUGUGUUACAUCAAGUCUUCUCCUCUUGUGAAAGAAAGGAUAAUCCUUUGAAUUUCAGUAAACAAAUUUUUAGGUUUGCAAUGUUUUGUUAGCAUAUCAAAUAAUUGUGCUUCCCUGACUUAUUUCUGUUUUUGGUUGGAAAAGUGGUACAGAUUGCUUAUUAGUAGACAAUCAACUCUCUUACUGCGAUUAACUGACAGGAGAGUGCUUGUCUAACUGCCUAUGUGAGUAUGCUAAUAGAUGGAGAGUUUGUUUUUUCUUUGAGGUAAAAACAGCCUCGAAAUGCACGCCAAACUAGCUGAACUCUACCCAAGAAUUUCUCAAGCAAAUGAGCCUGAAAACUGACUAUAAGUUCGGGCAGAACAGGACACUUUAGUAUUAUUGUUAUUGACUAUAGAUAGAUGGCUAUAGCCUUUACUUAUGUCUAUAGCACAUAGCUGAAAUGAGUAUGUAAUUCAUUUUCAUAUGUACAAGAAUGUAACUCUUCAUUUGUAUUGGAGGUAUGGUACAAUGCCCUCCUCCUUUCAUCUU